AUGGAAACCAAUGUCAAGAUCAGUCUGGUCGACAAGACCGCUCCCCGUCGUCCGUCGGACGAUGCGCUGGCGCAAUCGCACACCGCAACAGACCUCUCCCGAAAUAUCUCGAGGAAGUUCACCCGUGCAUCGAUACGAAGCGAGCUCGCCAAGCGCAAGUAUGCCAAAUGGCAGCCGGACCGUCUAGGGCGGGACCUGUUCACGACCGAGACGAGAACGGACACACUGGCCGGGGAGAGUCGCUUGACGGCGGGCCCCUCGUCGCAGAGCUCUCCGGAGGACCAGCCCAAUGUCGACUCGUCGGACGUCGACCAGGGCGCUGCUCGGGAUCACGAACACGACGGCCACAGCCACCCCAAGCUGUCGGGGCUGAAGCCGGGCACCGAGCUGGACAUCCUGUACGAGAACCAGCGGGGUUGGUUCUUCUUCGGCAUCCCCCUCUACUCGCACAGCUCGCUGCUCAACUUUGACCCGGCGGCCUGGACCACCCCCGACGGUCGGGACAGCGCCGUCGACAUCACGAAAGCGCAGCUCCCGGACCCCAGCUGGGAAUGGGUCUGGAAGACCUGGUACGUGGAUAUGUCCGGGGAUGUGGAUGACCAGGGGUGGCAGUACUCGUUCUCGUUUGGCUCAUCGGCCUGGCACGGGUCGCAUCCCUGGUAUCAUUCGUACGUGCGCCGGCGCCGAUGGGUCCGGCUUCGCGUGAAGCGCGUGUCGGAGCGCAGUCGUCGCGGUCGGUCGGGUCUGGAAGUGGCGCACAUGCUUAACGAGGAUUAUUUCACGAUCCACUCGGGGAAGGCGAAGACGAGGGCGUCGAGCGCCGGUGGCCUGUCGCGCGCCACGUCCGGGUAUCUCAGUCGAGCGGCUACGAAGGUAGAGGAGGAGGUGCCGGUGGAGGAGAUCGCCAAUAUCCCGGCCUUGAUGCAUGCGUUGCGAGUGGCCAGAGUCGAUCGGGAGAAGAUGGACGCUCUGGAGCAGUUCCUGCAGGAGGGUGGGGACGAGCUCUUUUAUUUGGAUGGGAAGAUUCCCGAGAUCAUGUCUAUGUUUGUCUUCCAGGCUUCUCGGUGGCAGUACUUCACCCGCUUAUCGGAUGUCGUCGAGGAGUUGUCCCAGAGUAGCUCUGAAACGAGCGGGAAGGAGGCAGCGGAGCUCCAGCGCAAACGCGAUCACCUUCAAAAAGCUGCCGAUGUGGCCCGGCGUCAUCUCACGGGGCCUGAGGUGCUGCAUGCCGAUAACCGGCACCUGGACGCGGGUAUGCUGGACCUGACUCCAGCCCCGAAGAGGGGCAGUUUGUUGUCGAGGUACUCCGGCAAAGUCUCAUUCCGUCCUAUGGAUGACGGGGGUGAAAUUAAAGGAAUCCCCCAAGCUGCUGAAGUCGGGCGUGAGGGCCAUAUUUACCAAACAACUCCCUCAAUUCCCUUUACCCGUUACCCUCCCCCCCCCCCUUGGCCCUGUUUCUUGCCUAGGGUCGGUCCCUACGGGUUCUCGUCAAUGCUCUCACGCAGUCGGCCGUAUCUCACGAGGCGCAGGCUAUCUGCUGUCCUGGACCACGUCGCGACUGCCCCCGAUGAGCCACUCCUCUUUCUUUACCCAUCCUGGUUUACGUCUCUGCCCGCGCAUCGGAGGUCAUCCUUGACAAGAAAUCCUUCUCUCAAUUCUUCAAGACAAUAUCACCGCCCUAGCAAACGUGGAUCCAAUGUCUCCCAACUCCCCGCGCAGUCCUCGACCGGGAGUCACUCCUCCAGACACAUAACCACUUCUUCCGUUGCCGUCGGAAGACAUGGCUUAGACAAGGAAACCACAACGCCUGCAGCAAAGCCUGAAGCCUCACGGAGGUCACCCUUCCCUCAACCGACGUCGGACAACACUUCGAGAUGGACGCCACCGCGGGUAAGAAGUCUCGCCGCGCUAUCCUCGAUCUCCCCCCGCGAUAAAAAGAAACUACAACACCGACAGUCCGAACUCGACAACACGCGCAAAAACCAACAGAAAACAAUAGAGGGACGGUGGAAAGACCAGGCUGCGGUUUUCGAGAGGAUGCUCAGGAUGAAUCGGGCCAUCCCGGCAAGUGCUCCGUUGAAGUCCAACCAGCUGGAGCUAUAUCUCAGGGAGGAGACAAUCGCAGAAUUCGCCGGCCUGGUGUCGAGAGGCGAGAACAUUUUCUAUCGCCAUGUGUAUCACGGGUGCAAGGUGCAUGUUAAGCCGCUGUCGGAGAGCGUCGGGAUGUGUCGCCGGGUGAUUCUGGAGGGUCGACCGGCGGCGGUGGAGGAGGUCAAGAAAGAACUGCUGGAGAUUGGGACCCUACAGGAUGAAUAUGAUCCGGUCGUUGACAUGCGUAAACCGGUGGUUCCCAUCUACCCUCGGGUUGACCGCCGGAUACACAAAGACAUACCCUUGGUUCGCGGCACGUGGGAUAUGCCCAAGGAUCCCACGGAGUUCACCGUGGAUCAGAUUGUCCGCCAGGGAGAGCUGCUCGCUACUGUGAGGGACUUUACGCACCAUGUGGAGGAUCUCGUCACCUCUUGGCCCAACUCCAAGGAGCAGCCCGGGAAGCACGGCGCGGAUGUGGCCGAUGCUCUCGAGACGCUUUUCCUGAAAAGCGCCCACACCGAACUGAUAUCAACAGCGUCGUUGAAUCAGGCCCUGUCGUUCUUGUUGGAACGCAAGCAGUAUUGGAUUGCCCACCAGAUUUUCCGCUCCGCAAAACAUGUUGCAACCGUGGAAACCUUCAACAUGAUGCUCAAGUCGACGGCCCUAGAGCAGAACCUGAAGCGGUUCAGGAGCCUCUUGCAUGGUAUGGAAAAUCUGGGCAUCCGCGCAGAUGUCGAGACCUGGCUUGCUUAUGCUGACUGCUUUGUUUCUCCAAGCAAGAAGAUGGCAGUAGUGAACAGUCUACGGCAGCGAGGCAUGCUGCAGGAGACCACGCUACAGCGGACGGCGUUGCGCGCGGUGUUGCACGACUUACUGGUGGAGCACCUCCAUGACGGCGGCGACAUGAACUCUUUUCUGGAAAAGAUAGCCCGGGACUGGGACAGCACGAUGUGGAGCCCGAGUAUGGUCAACCAGAUGAUGUGCGCCGUCAUGCGAGUGAAUCAUCUGAAGGCGAGAGAUCAAUUGUUCCAAUUCUGCAGGCAGAAUGGCUUACGUAUUGAGCCUUACACUUUUCUCCUUCUCGUGGGCACAUGCAACAAGGGCAACAUUCUCCAGGCCCUGCAAUACAUGUACCAGACCAUGGAGGAUCCGGCGCGAGAGCUCACCAUUGCCGGCUGGACGCGAAUCUUUCUGCACGCAUGGCACGGCGGAUACUACAACAUUUGCCGUGUCAUAUGGCGGUAUGCCUGCAUGAGAGGGCACGCAGCUUCACGCAUCGCCGAGCGGGUCUAUGAAUCCCUGCUGCACGAAGCUGGCCCGGAGACAACCUUCCGCCGGGCCGUCGCGGCGCGGCUCAUCCUCGGGAUCGAUCUGGGGACGCCCCGGCCAACCGUCGCCGGAAGAUUUUAUAAGCUGAAAGGGUUGCCGGCUGAUCAUUCUGCGGACCCGGUGAAGUACCUGUGCAUUCAGGUUGAUCCCAAGGAGCGGAACAACCAGCUGAAUGUCAGCGAGGCGAUUCUUGCUCGCGAUAUGGACGUGGCACGGUUCUACAAGCCCCAGGUAUCCUUUCGGGCGAUGCUCGACGCUGCGACCAUUGUGGAUCUCGAAUGGAAGGAAUUGGCCCGCGAGAAAGCAUUAGCUCGCGAGGGGGCUCUGACCCUUGAAUGGAUGCGCGACAACAUCAUCCAGGUCAAAUUACUCCCGCACGACCGCAAGGACGAGAAGAAAAAGAAGCAGCAGCAGCAGCAACGGUGGCGGCGGCGGUGAUUGAUUCCCGCUGCCUGAUUUUGCGGCCCUGGUCCCCUGCUAGGCCUCAUACAUUGGCCAGGAUCAUGAGCUAGUCGGUAAGCCUCGUCGUAUCUCGAAGGUACGCAAGGCUGGCUUUUUCUCCCCUUCCAACUGCAUCUCUUGGAAUCUCCCCCUACCCCUACGAGUGCCUAUCCUUCUGUCGCAUUCUUCUCUCAACUCGUCACUCACCCACCCAUCCACCCACCUCUCGGCCCUUGGCGACCCUGUAUAUAUAUGUAUAUUGAACCAUAAUUGUAUAUAGAUGUUCUACUAUAGAUAUAGAGCGGAAGAUAAAG